AUGGGUUUGUCAGGAACAGUGAACGGAAAAGAAAUUAACAAGAAUCUUUUUUAUGAAAAUGCCAACAAAUUAGAAGUAUGUCAUAUCAAUAACGAUGCUAUGGGUUCUAUUAAAGAAAUUUAUACCGAACCAAACUCGAAACGAGUUCAAUAUAUAUAUGCUGUUAUUCAUAGGAGACACUUGGAUACUGGUUCGGAAGUAUCAAAAAAAUGUCGGAAAAUUCUUAAAGAAAGCUACAACUACGUUGAAGGAGAUGCUUGUGGGCAUAUCAUCGCAAGAAGAUUGGGUGGUACAGGUAAUGAUAUUAAGAAUCUUUUUCCACAGAAUUCACAAGUUAAUAAUACAACGUAUAAAUCAAUGGAAGCUAGAGUAUACAAUCAUGUCAAAAGUGGAACGGGUUGCUAUACUGAGAUGCAUGUACGUCUAGAUUACGAUGAUUCUAACAACCAUUCAACUAUUGAAAAACGUCCCUAUCGCAUCAUCUAUCUGAUUGUAUUCAAAGAUGCACAUGGACAAACCAUACGCAUAGAAGCAGAUUGUGAAGAAAAUCCAAAAUCUUCUCCUACUGACAAACUGGCGACUGAAAAUGUUGUCGUACUAUCUGUUUCAGAACCAUAA